AUGGCGAGGAGAUCGCAGCCCAGCACCGACUCGUCACCGACGUCAUUCUAUGCAGGCAAAGAAGACGAAUCUGAGCGCACCGCCAAGUCCACCACCGCGAGCACACCUGUUAAAAGCCAGCCGUGUCCAUAUCGAGAGGCGCGAGAGCUGCCACACGAAUUAAAAGAACACUGCCAGAUCUUUCUGGAGGAACAACUAUAUACCUGCGCUAUCAACCUCCUCAACAGCAUUCUUGGCUCCGGCAUCUCAAGAAAAUCACCAAGCAGCAAGCCGGUGUCCAUCCCCCCGCCCAGCCAUCUCGCACUCCUCAGCACCAUUACCGUUUACCCGCUACACACCACGCGCGUCGACAAGCCCGAGCACCUCGACGUCCCCUCCCUCGCCUUGGGCUACCUUCGCAAUGUUCUUACGGUAGUUGGACCGCUUCACGCCGAUUUCCGAUCCGCAUUCCAGUUCCGCUCCACACCGAGAUGGAAGAGUCGAGCAGGACAUACUGGCCAUGGUAGUGACAGCGAGAUGUCUGAUGAUGACUCGGAGGGCCGCCAUGAUUUGCUGCGGGGAAAGAUUGCAAAUGAGGGCGGUGUGUGGACCAAGGGCCAGGACUUCUGGUCUACCGUGGGGUGGGCGUUUCACUGCUGCACACUGCUGCCACAUCGAUGGAGGUACUGGAAGGCGUGGCUGGAGUUUAUGCUGGAUGUGUUGGAUGCUGACUGGGAUGAGCGAGAGCGUCGCGACAAGGAGGAUCAUGAGACGAACGGUCAAGUGGGCGAUGAACCUACCAUGUGGCGUGCGGAAUCCAUGAUCAUCAUGUACAUGGACCAAAAGGACGGUCGCCACUCCGGCCCCAAGGCCAUCAUGAAGGCCUUGUUUGCUUACAACGGCAGCGUGUCUUCUUCAUCUUUCCAGGCGAUAUUCGACAAAGAACACAAAGGGCCGAGGCGGCGGGUGAAGAAGCGGAAACGCGAUGCGGUCCUUGACCUGGCCAACGACCAAUUCGGCGACUAUUUCGACGAAGACGACUCAAUUUCUUCGGGCGUCUCCGAACCUGGGACCCCCCAAAAACAGCGCGCAAAAGCUGGCGGUUCAGGGAUUGGCGCGGGUAUGACUGAAUCCAUCCAUCUACGGCUGCGUCUAUUCAGACUGCUUUCUGCAGCCACGAAUACGCUACGCAGCCGAUCAGAGCUUAAUAGGCUUUACGAGGAUUUUGCAGCCGGCAUCAAGGUCCUUCCCUUGGAUAUCUUUGCGUUACUCGUUUCCCAGCGGUCGAACCCUCUAUUGCCAGAGACGCACGUCACCUUGUUAAAGGAAUUCUUCCACCUGCUUCUCCCCUCAUCCUACAAGGAUCCCCGCAAAGUGGACGAAGAAGGCGAUAUCACGGGCAGUCUGACGAUGCCCAUGCUGGAACAAUGCUACGUCUGCUACCCGGCGAAUACAGUUGGCCUGGAGGAUAAUGCUAAGUUAUCGCUGGUGGUUGAGAGCGCGAUUCAGCUGCUGUGGAGAUUUGAAAUGGUCGAGCACACGGAGAGUUUCGCUGCCGCGGUAAAUAAGGGCAUAGAAGCGAGAGCGAAGAAGGCGCAGAAGAAGAGGACAGGGCCCCGAAAGGUCGAUGCAGCCGAUUCGCAUGCUCUUAAUGUUUUGAACGCAUCUGCCGAGAGGAUCCAAACCUUGUUGGAAGUGCUGGAGGCUUCUGCUGAUUGA